AUGACUGAUGGAAAAAGGACUAUGAGAAACAGAAAUUUUGAAUCGUUAUUAUUUUCCUACCCAAAAGAAUUAGAAAAUAUUCCAACUAUUCCAUUCAUUUUUUAUGCAAAAAUGAUACUUAGUGGUAUUCCACUUGAUGAAAUUCAACCUAAAGUUAGGAAAUUUACAACCAAAGGAGUUUGUAAGUAUUGGUUGUUUAACAAUUGGAUGGUGUCUAUUACAAAAUAUGAAUAUGCAAGGGAUUUCUUAUCAGAACCAGCAAAUCCUGCAUUUAACCGUGCACUUUCACCAGAAGUUGUCGGGAAAAUAACAAUUGAUUUGAUGAAUUUACUUGAUAAAUUAGUUGAUCAACCAUUUGAUAUCUUUAAAGUAAUGCAAAGAACCACCAUACAGGUUUUAGGAAAAAUUGCAUUUAGUUAUGAUUUCAAGUGCUUAGAAAAUUUAGAAACUCGUCAUGACUUGAUUGAGACCUAUAUUAAACUUCUAAGGUCACUUCGUAACCCAAUUGCUUUUAUUUUACCAUGGUUAAGUAAACUUCCAACAAAAUCAAAGGCUGAAUUUGAAAAAGAUUUAGAAAUUUUUAAUAAAACAAUGCUUGAAAUUAUUCAAAAUAAAAAAGAAGAAAUUAAAAAAUCAAAGCUUCCUAAUAAUAAUGGAUAA